GCAAAGGGGGAGCACUAGAGCGCAGAGACUGUUGCUCUGUCUCCCUCCCACAGAGCGCUAAGUCCCGCAGCGGAGACUUCAACUAAAGAAGAAAAAAGGAGAGCACCAAACGUUACUGCCAUCUCUUUAUUGACUUCUAUGUAAGACGCGGGCUGUUCUUUUCGCCUUGAACGCGACGUCUUUGAAAUAUUUACCCGCUUCCCAAGAAAAAAGAAAAUAAUUGAGUAGAUAAUAAUAAGUAGAGUGAACGUUCAGCCAAGCGAGCAGGUUGGGUGGAUAAGUUGUACUGGAUGUUAUUUCCUGGAUUUCCAGUUACCUGCGGCCAAGGGGGACAGCAACAGUGUGUGGAAAAGUAGAUUUGAAUGUUAAACAUAUGGCUUCGACGAGGAUAACACGCUGGAUGCUUGUUGAAGCAUGGUGGUGAGGAUGUUUGGAAAGCGAUUAAUGGCGCCACCGUCACGAGGCCGGGUCAGAUGGAUGAAUGUAAUGAGAACUGGAGUCCUUCAUCUCCUGCUGCUAUCAGCCUGCCUCGGCCAAGACACAGAAGACUGGCAAUAUGAGGAAUGUAAACUUUCCCGUUCUGGUCCUCCUGCUACCAUCGUGGCCAUAGAUGAAGAAAGUCCCAAUGGAACAUUGUUGGUGGAGAACAUGCAGAUCAAUGGUGUGGCUGAGGGUCCAGAUCGUACAAUCUCUUUGUCUCUAAGAGACAACCAUGACAACUGGGUGAUUCUUGAUCCUGCAAGACAGGCUCUUUACCUAAACAGCACUGGACGACUUCUUGAUAGAGAUCCACCAUUGUAUAUACAGUCCAUCGUGGUUCAGGUUCAAUGCACCAACGAGCUGAUUGGCACAGUGAUUUUACAUGAGGUCCGCAUUGUUGUCCGAGACCGCAACGACAAUGCUCCAGGUUUCCAGCAGCCUCGAUACUAUGUCGCCAUCAGUGAGCUAACCCCUGUAGGAACAACUAUCUUCUCUGGUUUCUCUGGGAAUAAUGGUGCAACAGACAUUGAUGAUGGCCCAAAUGGACAGAUAGAGUACACCAUCCAGUUCAACCCGAAAGAUCCGACGGCCAACAGAACCUUUGACAUCCCCCUUACACUGUUUGGAUCCGUUGUUCUCAGAGAGCGGCUCAACUAUGAGGAGAUAACACGAUACUUAAUCAUUAUACAGGCAAAUGACCGGGCACCUUUUCCGAGUGACCGCCGAACAGCCACUACCACACUGACUGUGGAUGUGCUGGAUGGAGACGACUUGGGUCCCAUGUUUUUACCUUGUGCACUUGUGGGAAAUACCCGUGACUGUAGUCCCAUCACGUAUUUGGCCAGUGUUCUGGAGCUGACAGAGCCUAAUAAGACAAAUCCACUCAACGUGACCCCUCCUGUUCAAGCUGUGGACCAAGACAGAAACAUUCAACCUCCCUCUGACAGACCUGGAAUCCUGUACUCCAUUCUUAUAGGCAAACCAGCAGCCUAUGCAGAAUAUUUCAGCUUAAACAGAACCACAGCAGAACUCAUGCUGCUUAAACCCAUUGACAGGGAGCUCUACCGCAGAUUUGAUCUUGUUAUCAAGGCCGAGCAGGACAACGGUCACCCCCUGCCAGCAUUCGCCAACCUUCAAAUCGAAGUUUUGGAUGAAAACAACCGGGCACCUUACUUCUUGGAGUCUGGUUAUCAUGGAUACAUCAGUGAGGCAUCACCAGUUGGAACCACAGUCGCUACCAACAUAAGCCUGUCGGCUCCCCUCACCAUAAUAGCUUUGGAUAAUGACGUAGAGGAGACCCGGGAUCCACAUCUGCACUUUUCUCUGGACAGUUAUUCUCAUGUCUUCUCUGUAUCAACUACUGGGAUCAGAAGAUAUCUCACCCUGCUGCAGCCUGUAGACAGAGAAACACAAGACUCCUACACGUUAACGCUGUUAGCAUCAGAUGGUGUUCAGCAGAGUGCUCCUGUCACUGUGACCAUAACAGUGCUGGAUGCCAAUGACAAUACUCCAACUUUUUCCAAUAUCUCCUAUAGUGUAAACCUGUUCACUGAUAUGUUGCCUGGUGAAACGGUCAUACAGAUGUUAGCAGUUGAUUCUGAUGCAAGUGAAAAUGGUCAAGUUACCUAUCGCAUCUUGGCUGGUGAUCAGGGAACAUUCCUAAUAGACAGCAGUACUGGGGUUAUUACAGUGGCACCAGGUGCUGAGCUGACUGUUGGCCGAAGCUACGCUUUGACUGUGGAAGCUGUAGACAAUGGGCCUGUUCCUCAAAGAAGGUCUUCUAUUACAACAGUCUAUAUUGAAGUUUUGCCCCCAAACAACCAGAGCCCUCCUCGUUUUCCUCGCCAACAAUACAACCUUGAGAUCAGUGAAGCCAUGAGGACUGGUGCUACACUUCUCAGUCUACAGGCAGUGGAUCGUGAGAAGGAUCCAAUAACCUACAAAAUCUACAGUGGAGAUGUUAAUGGAAAUUUUGCACUGCAGCAGAAUUCAGGGCAUUUAGUCCUGGACAAGCCUUUGGACAGGGAGUCUCUGGAUCAUUAUAUCCUGGUGAUCACAGCCUCAGACGGACGCCCAGAUGGAACCUCUACUGUAAUGGUGAACAUGGUGGUAACUGAUGUGAAUGACAACGAUCCAGUGUUCAACUCUUCACUGCCUGUGAAUCUCACUGUCACUGAGGAGCAGGAUAACGCCUUCAUUGGACAGGUCAUGGCAACAGAUCCAGAUCUGGGGGAAAGCGGUCAGGUCCAUUAUAGGCUUGUUAACCACCAGAAGCUGUUUUCCAUCAAUGCCACUGGAGCCAUCAGGACUGCAGUACCCCUGGACAGAGAGGUAAAAGGCCACUAUUUUCUGGUUGUUGAAGCGUCCGAUGGUGCAGUGGACCCUCGGCGAUCCAGACUUACCCUUUCUGUGACUGUUCUGGAUGUGGACGACAACAGCCCAAUGUUCUCCCAACAAUCUUACAAUGUCAAUCUCCCUGAAAACAGCCCAAAAGACACUGUCAUAUUAAGAUUACAGGCAACAGACGCUGACCUCAUCUCCAACCUCACAUAUCGAAUCAGAGUGGAAGGCUUGCAUCCUGAGAUAUCGGAGUUUUUUCGCAUUGACCCCAUGACGGGGGAGCUGUCUGUUCUCAAGGUUUUGGACUUUGAAGCUCUGGCUGCUUCUGAACCCACAUACACUUUCACUGUAGAGGCUGUGGACGUACAGGGAACCAUGCCUCCUGGGCAUGCCUCGGUUACUGUCAGAAUUCUGGACAUGAAUGACUUCGCUCCAGCAUUCAGCCAGCCAAUGUACAGAGGCAUGGUUGCCCCUAAUGCUGUCAAGGGAACCAUUGUAACCACGGUGAUGGCCAAUGACUCUGACCCUGCGGAUACCCCAGCAGGUCUAGUUCGCUACAAGGUGGACAAAAAGUCAUACUCUGCAAGUAUUUUUGAUGUGGAUGAAGAGAAAGGUCAUGUGGUUACCAGAGUAAAUCUAAACGAGGAGCCCAACCUAAAGUUCAGACUGGUGGUGGUGGCCCAUGAUCAUGGUGAGCCUGUGAAAGAGAAUACGACUCUGGUUGAAAUCACAGUCCUUCAGCCCUCUGUUAUUCCUGUGUUCACUCGAGAAGAAUACAGAUUUUCGCCAGUGAGUGAGGAGGCUACUAUUGGAACGCUGGUGGGAUUCAUCAUGGCAGCGGCUGUCAAUCAAACUAUCGUGUAUUCCAUCGUUGAAGGCAAUGAGGAAGGUGUGUUUUCAAUGAAUGAAACAACUGGUGAGAUUUCCACAGCCAAGCCCCUGGACUAUGAAACCAACUCCAGCUAUGUUCUGAAGGUUGAAGCUGACUCCAUGAGAGUGGUCUCAUCAAAUCUUCGAGCUCCCUCAAAGUCUAAUAUAGCAAGGGUGGUGAUUGAUGUCCAGGAUGAGAACGACCACCCUCCAGUAUUUACCAGAUCUCUUUACAUUGGAGGAGUUGCAGAGGAUGCCAAAACUUUCACCUCAGUCUUGCAAGUACAGGCUUUGGACAAAGACACUGGUAACUACAGCUCCAUGGUCUACAAAUUGAUCAUCCCCCCUCCCACAGGAAAAGAAACUAAAGACAGCAAAGAUGGUUUUGUCAUUGAGCCGUACACUGGUGUUGUGAAGACAGCAAUCAUGUACCGCAGCAUGAGGAGGUCGUAUUUCAAGUUUGAGGUGGUUGCAACAGACAACUACGGUGGAGGACACAGCAGCAAAGCAGAGAUAGUGGUGUCCGUUGUGAACCAGCUCGACAUGCAAGUGGUUGUAUCAAAUGUCCCGCCAACAUAUGUUGAAAAACACAAAGACAAACUGCUCAGCAUUUUGGAACGCUACGUCCAGGAGCAGGUAGUCGGCGCAAAGGUUGUCGUGGAAACCAUUGGGCCCCAUCGGGAUGGUGAAACAAUGGAGCUUGAAGAUUACACCAAGUCAGAUCUCAUGAUUUAUGCCAUCGAUCCACUGACAAACAGAGCUGUUUCUAGACAGGAGCUCUUUAAGUUUCUUGAUGGGAAACUGUUGGACAUCAAUAAAGAGUUCCAGUCUUUUCUUCCUCCUGGUGGCAGAAUUCUGGAAAUCAGAACCCCAGAAGUGGUGGCCAGUGUUAAGAAAGCUGUACACAGUGUUGGUUACACAGAGGGGGCACUCCUAGCUUUGGCCGUUAUCAUCAUCAUCUGCUGUGUUCCUGCUAUUUUAAUUGUCAUCAUCACGUACAGACAAUUCAAAGAGCGACAAGCAGAGUGUGCCAAAACAGCCCGUAUCCAGAUGGCACUGCCAACAGGCAAACCUGGAGGAGGCACUGCCAACAACCUGUAUGAGGAGCUCAGUGACAACGCCAUGCGUGGAUAUGGCCAACAUGAGACACAGCAACUUCUCCGACCUUCUCUGCUCAGGCCAGAGGAAUUAUCAAUGGAGUCUGGCAUCGAUCCUGGCCAGGACUACUACACACAAGAUUAUUACAACUAUGACCACGGAUACGAGCCUCCUCAGUAUGGCAGUCGCAGGAAGUUGAUCUCACCCUCUGGUCUAUAUGAUGAGUAUGGAGAAGUUGUGGUCGAUGAUGAUGGCAGCUACUACUACAGCCCCCAGGAGUCUGAUGGAGAGCCUGGUGGUAAAAAGCGACGGAUCAAGUUGGUGGUUGACCGAGAGUACGAGACCAGCUCCACCGGUGAGGACAGCAUGCCAGACACCCAACGCAGCCGUUUAUCCUCUACGCACAACAGCCACAUUAAUGUUAAUGGAGGUAUUUAUGUGGCCCAGAACGGUUCCAUUGUUCGCACCCGACAAUCAGUCAACGCUUCAGGCCCUUCCCAGAGUACCAACUCCACAAAGAAAAAUAUGAAACCAAGUUCUCCUAUCUUCAGUUCACGGUUAGCCAGGCACUUUAAAAAACUGGAUAGAAUGGCUGCCACGUUGGAGGAGAGAGUCCCCAUGAACACCCCCGAGACCCUAGCAGGAGGUGGCCGCAACACACUGAGCACAUUCCAGAGCUGCAGGAGGGCCGCCUCAGCAGCAGAAACGUCCUCUUUCUCUAACACUGACCACAAAAUGCUGAAUGUGUUAAACACUCAAAAAUCCAGCGUGUCUUUGGGGUCGACCAGCACCAACAACACAGGCCCUGAAAGUGAAGUGUCUAAACCUGACGUGCUCCCAGCUGCACUGGGUAUCACAGAGCAGCCUGAGAGCGCAUCAGAGAGAGACGGGCCAACAGAAGGCGAGCUCGAGUCAAAGGUAGAUGGAAACAGCAACGUUGAGGCUGUUACAGAAGAACCUCUGGACUGCCCCAGUGACAUAACACAAUCGGAUGAGGAAGAGUUGUGGAUGGGCCCCUGGAACAGCCUUCACAUACCCAUGACCAAACUCUGACUGACUCCUACACCACUGUGCUCGUUCCAUGUUGCCAAGAUCAUUUAAAGUUUUUAACAGAAUUUCUUUUCAUCCUCUGUGAAACUAAUGGGGGGUGCUCCAGGACAGCAAAAAUAUAUAAUAAUUAAUUUAUAUUAGCUAAAAGUGACUUGGCAUAAUCUUUCACUGGUAUCACAUAAAAGUUUAUUUUAAGUUCAGUGAGAGAUGCUGAAAAAACAGCAAAUACUAUGAGAUUUAAUUGGCUGUUUGCCAGUUUCAGCAUUAAACUGUUUUGCAAUGUCUGUGUUUCAAUCUGUGCAUCCCCUCAGCCUGUCAGAGCUGCAGCACCUUCAGAUAACUGGACCUACAGUGGUAAUAGCUAAUAUAUUUGACCUUAACAGCGAGGGGAUGAAAACUUAAUACUACUUAGCAGCCCUUUAAGCGACUGGUGUCUGUACGGAACUGUGCUUGUUUCAUUCAGGUUUAUGGCCAAUGGUGCAACUCAUCCUAAAUUUGCCUGAUGCAUUUCAUUGACACAUGCAGUCUUGUAUCGUUCACACUUGCCUUUUUAUUCUUGUCAAGCUGCUUGGCAGACUCAAUCCAAAUAAAGUUUCAAUCUGUUGAAAAAUGAAGUUCUGGCUGCUGCAGUGCUGCACAAAUGUGUCCUCUGCAGAACUGGUUAGACCUGGUGUUUAUAAGAUGUUACAGCUAUUCUCCACUCUUAAAGUAACUUUAACUGCAUAAAGUCAAAACAGAUUUUUGUAAUUAAUGGGUAAAAUAAAUGAAUGGUUGAUGCCACCUA